AUGGCCAACAUACUCGGUGGCAAUAAGAAUGACCUGUUCUUUGAGGCGGCUGGUCCCAAACAGAUGAAGGCUAGCUUCCAAGAUCUGGACCUCAGCUCCGUUGGAAAUGGGGCCAUCAUGUUGCACAUCUCCCAGCAGCUCUACAACAAGACUUUCAAGCAUGCCGCAUCAAUCAUUGUGGCUGUAGAGAAGCUGAAGAAGAUACCCAUUCCCUGCUCACAGGCCUUCCAGGAUGAUGACUUGAGGAGCCUCUUCUCCUUCAUCUUUGAAGAAGAACCCAUCAUCUGUGACAAGCAGAAUGAUACUUAUGAGAGUUAUUCUCCUGUGGAAUCGCUGGACAUCAAACUUGAGGACAUAGAGGAAAAAGCCCUGGUACUGUCUGGCUCAUGUAUGCUGAAGGCUGUCCACCUCCAGAGAACCCAGGAGAACCAGGAAGUGGUGUUCUGCAUGAGCUUUGUGCAAGGAGAAGAAGAGACUGACAAGAUACCUGUGGCCUUGGGCCUCAAGGGAAAGAAUCUGUACCUGUCUUGUGGGACAAAAGAUGGGAAGCCCAUCCUGCAGCUGGAGUCAGUAGAACCCAAUGCUUAUCCAAGGAGGAAAAUGGAAAAGCGAUUUGUCUUCUACAAGCUGCAAAUCAAGGGCAACGUGGAAUUUGAGUCUGCAAUGUACCCCAACUGGUACAUCAGCACCUCUCAAGCAGAAAAUCAGCCCGUCUUCCUAGGAAAUACCAGAGGUGAUGAGCAUAUAACUGACUUCAUCAUGCAACUCCCAUAA